AUGCUGUAUGCUGAUGCUGUAUUGGGCAACAACUCAUUAGUUGGCAACGUUGCUGGUAUUGCCACUUCAUACGAUGGUGAGUAUCUGUACUUUACAGAAUGGAACCGCCUACGCCGUGCCACCAUCUCCGCCUGUCCCGCCUGCGUGCCCGGGAAGUACUCGAUCGGGACCAAGGAUGGCUGCAUGGACUGCCCUGCCGGGUACUACUCGAAUGUGAGCGGGGCCACGGCUUGCAGCAUUUGCGGCCCGGAUACGUAUCAGGACACGGUGGGGAGCACUUUUUGCAAGAGCUGCUUAGUCGGGCAGGAUACAAGGGGGUAUUGGGGAUCGGUCAGUGCUGCGACGUGUCUUUACAAGUGUCCGAGUGGGUAUUAUGGACAGUUCCAGCUGCAGCAGAGAUGUGGCGCAUGCCGUUGUUUACCGGGGUACUACGCAUUCGACGGUGGCAACAUGGUGAAGUGUUCUGCCUGCCCUCUAGGGAAGUACACGAAUCUCACCGGGGCCACGGAGUGCAGCCUGUGUUUAUCCGGGAAGUACCAGAACGAGACGGGGCAGACCUACUGCAAUGGUUGUCAGCUAUGUCCUGAAGGCCAGUUCUCGUCCGAGCCAGGCUCGACUGUAUGCAUCGAUUGCCUCACCGGUUCGUACACGGACAACUUGGGGACAUCGGUAUGUACGAACUGCGCGGCUGGGAAGUACCAACAGGACAGCGGAAGCACAGUCUGCCAUAACUGCGCGGCGGGCACGGUCUCGUUCGUCUUGGGUGCGAGCGCGUGCAGCAACUGCGCCGUGGGACAGAAGCAGGCGAGCGCGGGACAGGCCGUCUGUGAUCUGUGUGAGGCGGGGACUUACCAGGGGAGUACAGCCUCAACGAACUGCCUGCUGUGCCCG